AUGAGCACUUAUGGCACUUUAUUAAAAGUAACGUCAUAUGGUGAGAGUCACGGUAAAGCUAUUGGAUGUGUGAUAGAUGGAUUUCUUCCAAAUAUUGAAAUAAAUUUUGAUUUAAUACAAAAACAGUUAGAUAGACGAAGACCUAAUCAAUCAAAACUAACUACUAAUAGAAAUGAGAAAGAUAAACUUGUUAUACUUUCUGGAUUCGAUGAAAAUAAAACAUUAGGUACUCCUAUUACAUUUUUAAUAUACAAUGAAGAUAUUAAACAAGAACAUUAUAAUUCUUUUAUAAAUAUUCCUAGACCAGGUCAUGGAGAUUAUACUUAUUUUAUGAAAUAUCAUGUGAAAAAUAAAAGUGGAAGUAGUAGAUUUUCUGGAAGAGAAACAGCCACAAGAGUUGCUGCUGGGGCUUGUAUAGAACAAUGGCUUUAUAAAUUUUAUAAUUGUUCUAUUGUUAGUUAUGUACAUUCUGUUGGGAAUGUAAAAAUACCUGAACAAGUCAGAAAGGAAUUGGAAAAUGAAAAUCCUCCCUCAAGAGAUAUGGUAGAUUCUUAUGGAACUGUUAGAUAUAAUGAAAAGGAAAAAAUAUUUAUGGAUUGUUUUAAUAGAUUAUAUGAUAUUGAUGGUUCUAUAAUAGAAACGGAUGAAUAUAAGAAAGAUAUAUUGACUAUUCCUUCAAAGGAUAACACAUAUAUAAAUGUAAGUCUUAAUAAAUAUAAUAUAAAUCAAGUUGAUAAUAAUGAUAAAGAAUAUAUUAAUUCUGAAAAGAACGAUGAAUGGAUUUAUCUACAAACAAGAUGUCCACAUCCAUAUACGGCUGUACAAAUGUGUUCUUAUAUUUUGAAACUAAAAAAUAAAGGAGAUAGCGUUGGAGGUAUUGCUACAUGCAUUAUACAAAAUCCUCCCAUAGGUAUUGGAGAACCCAUUUUUGAUAAAAUGGAAGCCGAGCUAGCCAAAAUGAUUUUAUCUAUUCCAGCAGUGAAAGGAAUAGAAUUCGGAAGUGGAUUUAAUGGAACAUAUAUGUUUGGAUCAGAUCAUAAUGAUAUAUUCUUACCUCUAGAUAAAAUGUCUACAAAAAAAGAAAGUCAUGAAGAUGAAAAUCAAAAUAUGUCUUAUUAUUUACCAAAUAAAAAUAAUCAAGAUCAAAUAUUAAAUUCAACGAAUAAAUAUAUGUGUACUAAAAAUAAUAACAAUUUUAAUAAUACUCAUUACAAUCUCACUUCUAAUAAUAAUGAAGAAAAAUUAUUAGUUACAAAAACAAAUAAUUGUGGUGGUGUUUUAGCUGGAAUUACAACAGGAAAUAAUAUUGUAUUUAGAUCAGCAAUAAAACCUGUAUCAUCAAUACAAAUAGAAAAAGAAACAAGUGAUUUUUAUGGAAACAUAUGUAGUUUAAAAGUUCAAGGUAGACACGAUUGUUGUAUCUUACCAAGAUUACCAGCUGUUAUUGAAGCAUCCUCUUCUAUAGUUAUAGGAGAUUUAAUAUUAAGACAAAUAGCAAAGUAUGGAGAUAAAAAUUUGCCAUCAUUAGCUAGGAAUAUUUAA